AUGGGAAGCUCGCUUACAGCCGCCAUUUGCUUAGAGGAUUUUGCAUCGCAAGUGGCAGAGAGACACAACAGACCGGAAAUCGAAGCGGGUGAGUCACCUGAGUUGUUGCUCAACAACAUGACGAUUUCCAGAAACGACAAUGAAAAGGUGUUUAUUGAGCCAAGUGUGAACUCCAUCAGGGUUUCUAUCAAGAUUAAGCAGGCUGAUGACAUUGAGGAGAUUUUGGUGCACAAGUUCACCAGAUUCUUGACCGGUAGAGCCGAGAACUUUUUCAUCUUGAGAAGGGUGCCGAUCAAAGGCUAUGAUAUUAGUUUCUUGAUCACAAACUUCCACACGGAACAGAUGUUGAAGCACAAGUUGGUGGACUUCAUCAUAGAGUUCAUGGAGGACGUUGACAGGGAGAUCAGUGAGAUCAAGUUGUUUUUGAAUGCUAGAGCGAGAUUUGUUGCGGAGGCGUACUUGACCCCGUUCGAUUAAGCGGCACCAAGGAGAAGCCACGGCAAAGCUGAGCCCCGUAUUUUUUGUGCCCCUAAGAUCUCUUAGAUAUUCUGUUACAGCCCGUGGUGCUUUCAUUCAUGUAUAUGGUAGUAUGUUGAUUUAUGUACCGUGAUGUAGUUGCGUCCUUGGGCUGGCUGUACUUUGAUACGGCAUAGUUUUUGGUUUUCUCAUUCGAAUAGUUUCAAUAGAUUGACUUCAAGUUUAUUAGGCGAG